AGUCAGUGUGCAAUAAAGAAGAAGGAAGUUCCUAAUUAAGUGCCCGGUUGGCGAAACUCUUGCACUUUUUUCUGUCCCAUUUACCGUAAACCUCAAGGAAAUGUCGGUGACCCGAAACAACUUUUAAAACUUUGUAUAACUUUAGUCUACACGUUAUCCACAGUCAUGGAUGCACCGCGAGACUCUUCGCCUGCUAUGGCUUUCGAAAAGGACGCGUUGCAGCUCACAGUUGAAGAUGUUUAUGACAUUUCUUACGUGAUCGGGAGAGAUUUGUUAAAAAUUAGCAAGGCCGGUGCACAGGUUUCUGACCUACAAUUCCGAAUUGUCCGCGUUUUGGAGAUGUUUGAGGUGCUGGUCAACAAGUACAACCUGUCUGUGGAGGAGUUGAAAAUGGAAAGAGACAACCUGAAACGAGAACUGGACCGGGUGGUGGGGGAAAAAUCCGCUGAACAGGGCUCAACUCUGGGACCUGACAAGAUGGUGGUGGACCUGAAGGACCCCAACCGCCCUCGCUUCACCAUGCAGGAACUCAAAGAGGUGCUGCAGGAGAGGAACCAACUUAAGGCCCAUCUGCUCAUCGCUCAGGAGGAACUACAGCUAUACAAGAGUGGUCUUCUCACCGGCCCUCACCAGUCAUCAGAGUCCGCCAUGGUGGAGGUGGAGCUGGAGCCUGCCAUCAUCCCCGUCAUCUCCCCACAGAUCACCACCAUCACAGAGGAGGACGAGAGCAAGGACGAGCCCAAGGACGAGUUUAAAGAAGAGAAGACCACCAUCCGAAAACUGUUUUCAUUCCGCCGGAAAUAGGAGAGACCCUACGACCAGCCUAACCGGACCAAGAUUUUUUUUUUUAUACACAGGUUAUAUUUUUUACAUGGAUGACUGUCAGUAAUUUAACAGUAUUUUUUAAUUCCAGUUUCAUCAACUGUCAGUGCAGGGUAACUCUAUAUACCCAUAUCAUAAUAUGUUUGAGAUGCUGGUGGCACAGUGUCUUAUGGGUAAUGACUAAAUGCAGUGAAAGACAAUGAGAGAGAGAGAUAUAUAUAUAUAUAUAUAUAUGCCGUACCAGGCAAAGGUUUGGGCACCCCUAGUCAACAUUUCUGUAACGGUGAAUAGCCGACAGAGUAAAAGAUGACUUUAUUUCCAAAAGGCAUAGAGUUAAAGAUAACACAUGUCUUCAAUAUUUUAAGCAAGAUUACUUUUUUAACUUCUUUCUUUUACAGUUUCAAAAUAAUAAAAAAGGAAAAGGGCCCUAACCAAAAGCAUACGGUCAGUACUGAGUACCCAGCAUCACAGCUUGGAAACGCUUUUAGUAGCCGGCUAUCAGUCUUUCAGUUCUUGUUUGGGUGAUUUGCACACACUCUUAAGCCCAAUUUAUGGUCGUCCGUUUACGGAGACACAGAGAGCCCUCUCCGUCGUGGCAAACCCUCUCCGUGGCCUGACGUGCACCUCCCAAAU